AUGGAUGAACUCGGGUAUGAGUGGUAUACUGGGUUCAAGACGCCCAAAGCAGUGGGACAGACGGUCGAGGAGGCGCUGGAGUUGUUCCGGCAGGAGACCGAUCAGGCGCCACACCAGCCGGAGGUGACGUCGAAUGCGCACAAGAAACCCGCUUUGAGCUCGAUAGAGUUUUCGGGCAUGGCCGUGGAGGUCAGCCAUGAGGACCAGAUGGGCAUCAUCGACCUGGCAAACAAGGGCAUAGAAAAAUGGCUACCAGUCUGCGUUAACCACGCUGCCAAAAGCCAGCCGAACAGCCCUUGCAAUGGCGGCGAAGCGGAGAAAAACGAUCACGAUGACUGCGAAGUGUCCACCAUCAAGCUGCAAAGCUCACACCACGUAACGCUCUUCUACUAUUCCACCAAGGACGCGAGACCGGAAUUGGAGGACCCGCGCACAAAAGCUGUGUUCGAGCAGAUGCACGACUUGAGCCCGUAUUUGCGCGAAUUGCGCUGCGCGCUCACGCCGUACGAGUUCGCCAUCGCAUUGCUCUACCGACACUUCUACGGCCUCAGCAUGCCUGGUGAGGACGGCCAACACAACUCGGGCCACGAAUCGAGCCGAGAUUCCAGCAAAUACGUGCCUAUCACACUGAGGCACGUCGUGUUCGUGCCGGGGGUACUGAUGUGCGCAACGGCGCAGCUGCACAGGGACCUGGUUGCGCUCCCCUCGCCCGACGGCACCUUCGGCCCCUACUGCAGCUACCCACACGGAAACGUGGGCACAAUGGAGGAGCUAACAAAGCGAUGCUGGGACGAUGGCGCUGUCAUGCUCGAGGAGAACCACUGCACCCACGUCACUCUGGGCGUCACCAAGCAGUACAAGCCCGUUGUCUCGAACAAUAUAUGCGACGGCAUCAGGCGGUACCUCGAUUUCCUCAAGAAUCACGAGGAUGCGGACGCGGGCGACAAGCUGUGGCGCAUUAAAAGGGUGAACGAAGACGAUAGCGUUGACGAGGCGCGGCCCGAGGAGCUCCUCAAAAUCUUGGAGGUUUACGGAAGCAGGCCCUCGGAAUUCAAGCACGCCAAGAGGGAGUUUGUACAACUUGCGCCCCACGCGGCCAGGCGAGACGAGGCGGGUUUGGCGCACGCCGCCGGAGAGGCCGUCUUCGACCUUGCGCUGCCGCCUAAAGACGAAUGCGCGGAAAAGCAAAUACAACGCUACAGGCGCACAGUAUGCUUCAUAGCAGACGGCGGGAAGUGGAUAUACAUCCGGAACCUGCCAGUCAGGCGGAACCUGCAGGGCCCAGACGACGAGACGCAAGGCACUUGGCUGGUGGACUCGUACAUUAGCAAGCUCGACAAGGCAGUGACGGGCGAAAUCCGCUUCUACAAACGGGAAGGGCAUGAGCCUAAGCCACGCCCGACUCAAAGCAAAGCACAAUAG